AUGACCGGGCCUCCUUGCACGGCCACGUGGGGCACGAGGCGCGCCCAGUGCGCGGGGCCGUCCUGGCCGAGCUGCUGCCACGUGGGCCAGUGGAACGCCAUGGGCACGCAGUUGGGCAGCACAGCACCUGGCCGGGUGGUUGCACAGGUUGGCGACCGCGAGCCUGUUGCCGUGCCACACAUGGUAUGGUUGACGGUGUCCUCCAGCUCCUUCUGCGUGCCCACGAGCGUAAACUUCUCGGACACAUGUUGCAUGUCGAGCCCGCCAAUGGUCGCCUAG